CCGCUUUCGCAUCGCAGUGUCGAGCCAACGGUCAUCGGGGUACGUCGGGUAUCACCACGACGCCCUUUUGCAAGACGUUGUCAAUUUCACUUUUCUACGAUACUUUAUUUAAUAUUUCUUUCAUAUUAUACCAUCUUCGGUCUCGCGUUUUCUUCUUGCUAUUUUUUCUGGCUCGUUCGUUCUUUCCGCUAAAUUCUGGCUCGACAUUAUCAAUAAAUUCCGUGGUUGAUAAUAGACUUUGUUUAUCGUCAAGGUGCUUUGUUAUUUUGAUAAAGAAGAUACAAGCUGUUUAUGAGGCUGCAUCGAAUGAUCGGAAAAGCCGCUUGCCAGUAAGAUUCAAUACAGAAUGGCGUUCAUCUGCUGGGAGAAGGCGUUGCUAGUGAUAUUUGCAGUCGUCACUUUGAGGAUUCUUAUAAAACUCGGUAUUUUAGUAUGGAAAAAGUUGAUUGCUCCGAAUCUUGGAUUUGGAAUCGAUUUACGAACCCAAGGGAGAUGGGCAGUGGUAACCGGCGCGACAGAUGGACUUGGCAAAGCGUUCGCCAGAGCGCUUGCCCAAAAGGGCCUGGACAUUGUCCUGGUCUCGCGAUCCAUGUCAAGACUGAAAGAUGUAGCUGCGGAAAUUGAGCAAGAAUAUCGAGUGGAGACCCGCGUCGUGCAAGCUGACUUAACUGAAGGUCAGGUAGUCUACGCGGAAAUCGCCAAAACGACGCAGGACUUGGAGGUCGGUGUCCUCAUUAACAAUGCAGGGGCGAGCUACGACCAUCCGGAGCUGUUCACCAACGUGUCAGAGGAAAUCCUUGCGAGGAUAUUGCAACUGAACGUGGCAGGUGUGACCGGGGUAGCAAGAGCGGUGCUACCUGGUAUGAUGGAGCGGAAGAAAGGAGUGCUCAUAAACGUCAGCUCCUUAGCUGCGGCCAUACCGAGUCCCUACUUAUCCGUUUAUUCCGCCAGUAAGGCGUACAUCAUCAAGCUUAGCGCCGAUUUAGCUACGGAAGCGGCGCCGAGGGGCGUCACCGUUCAGUGCGUUCUCCCUGGACCGGUCGCCACAAAGAUGUCCAAGAUCAAGAGAGCAACUUGGAUGGCACCCACCCCGGAGAAAUUCGUCGAAGCGACGCUGAAGACGGUCGGCAUCGAGUCGCAUACGACAGGAUAUCCACCGCACAGCCUGAUCAUUGGCGUUGUAAACACAUUGCGAUACGUGUGCGAGACGGGCGCGCUGUGGCUAGUGACAAAGACAAUGCUCAAUAUAAGAGGACGCGCUCUCCGGAAAAAAAUGAAAAGUCAAGCCGGUGGGCGAAACGUGUCGCAGGAAGACGCUGCCGUAAUGAGCUGAUUCCCAAAUUAAAUUAUAAAUGCGUUUGUUAUAUGUUUUUGUUGCUAUAUAUGGUUGUGGUACGUGGCGCUAUUUCUUUAAUUAUUUCCUUGAAAUCCUAGUUGCAUUAAUUACUUUUAUUUAAGGGGUUACAUACCUCCAGAAUUUUCAAACAAUCGAUUUGUUUUUAUUACUGAUUUUCAUUCUUUAUACUUUUAAAAAUAUAAUAAAAAAAGAAUUAGUGAAAAAUUCCAAUCCGUAACGAAGAUGUAACAAUAAAUAUGACCGCGCGUCAGGAGGCGGGCCGCGGCGCAGGCUGCCGCAAAGAAGCUCGAACAGCCCACAGAUUACAGAAAACUGUACAAAAUAUAAAAAUUAUCGAGAAGGAAGGCACGCAAUAUGAAAUUGGAAUGGGAGAUUAAGCUCACUACAAAAAUUAAUAUUUACACGAUUCUUACUUCUCAAACUUUAAACGCGUUUUUCUCGAAACCAGUUUUUUUGACACGGUCGGCACGAUAACUCGAAGAGUUUCCAAUAUUUUUUAAAAUUGUUUCUUCUCAAAUCUUCGUAAUCGUUUUGUCUAUAGUCUGUCGAGCCAUUUUUUUGCAAUUUUGUUUAAUACAAUUUUUAUAAACAAUUAAAGACCGAAAUUUUGCAUGAAAACAUGAAGUUCAACUUUGACAUGGCAUAAAUUGUUUACUUUUUGAAAUUAACAAAUCUGGCUCGAUAGACUAUAACUACAACAUUACUUUACAAGAAAUUUCUUGCAUUUGUCAGAUCCAUCAAUGUUACAAGAAGAUAUCAUGCCGACUCUGAGGGGACAUUUUUUUAGCAGCGGUCCAAUUAAUGCCACAAAACUUCAUUUUAUUAAUAUUCAAAAAUUAUUAUUAAUUAUUUUUUUACACUUAAAGGACCAGUAAAUCAUGCAAUUCAUAUUUUACUUUAUUAUUUCAGAUAUACCCCCUAAAAUAAUUCCCCAAACAUAUCAAUUUUUCGCCACUAUGGAGGUAUGUAACCCCUUAAGCAUAUCGAAAUACGUUCCAUCGAAAUAUAUAUUUUAUUUGAAACU